GGAAGAUCAUCAACAGGUGUGCAUCCUGCAUCGACAGUUCAUAUACGCUCAUAUACACCAUGUCAGACUCUGAAUCUGAAGCUGGACCGUCCAGAUCACCAUCUAGAUCACCUGAUCCAUCUGUAGAUGGAUCUCAAAGUGGAGCGAAUGACUCGUCAGUGAUCACUACCUCUCGCACAUUUGCUUCCCUCGGAGUGAUACCUCAAUUGUGCGAAUCAUGUGCAGCUUUGGGGUUCAAAGCGCCUACAGAGAUCCAGGUGGAGUCUAUACCUCAUGCGCUAGAAGGGCGAGAUGUCAUUGGCCUCGCUCAGACGGGGAGUGGAAAGACAGCAGCAUUUAGUCUGCCGAUCUUGCAAAGUUUGUGGGAGAAACCACAACCGUUCUUUGCGCUCAUCCUGGCGCCGACGAGAGAGCUGGCGUAUCAGAUUUCCCAGCAGGUCACCGCCCUCGGCUCCGCUAUCGGCGUCCGCGCCGCAACCAUCGUGGGAGGUAUGGACAUGAUGUCUCAAUCGAUCGCCUUGUCCAAGCGACCUCACAUCAUCGUUGCGACACCUGGACGUUUGAUGGAUCAUUUGGAGAACACCAAAGGCUUCUCACUUCGUGGGUUGAAGUAUCUCGUGAUGGACGAAGCGGAUAGAUUGCUGGAUAUGGACUUUGGACCCAUCAUCGACAAGAUUCUUAAAGUGAUCCCAAAGGAGCGAAACACAUACCUAUUUUCUGCGACGAUGACUACAAAGGUCGCCAAGCUUCAGCGGGCGAGUUUGUCAAAGCCUGUCAGAGUAGAAGUCGCUUCAAAGUACUCGACAGUGUCAACUCUGCUGCAGCACUACCUCCUUCUUCCGCUCAAACACAAGGACGCUCACCUCCUCUACCUCACCAAUGAGCUUUCCUCCUCCUCCAUGAUUAUCUUCACCCGCACAGUCCACGAUGCUCAGCGUUUGUCGUUGAUACUUCGGAGACUCGGUUUCCCAGCCAUCCCUCUGCAUGGUCAAAUGUCGCAGUCCAUGCGGCUGGCCAGUUUGAACAAGUUCAAGAGUGGAGGGAGGAGCGUGCUAGUCGCUACGGAUGUAGCCAGUCGUGGUUUGGAUAUUCCACUUGUCGACCUAGUCAUCAACUAUGACAUGCCGACGAAUUCGAAAGACUACGUUCAUCGAGUGGGUCGUACCGCACGAGCUGGAAGAGCAGGCAAGUCUAUCACCCUAGUCACACAAUACGACGUCGAGAUCCUACAACGCAUAGAAGCUGCGAUUGGCAAAAAGAUGGUCUCCUUUGACGUGGACAAAGAGGCAGUGGCGGUACUGUCGGACACUGUCGCCCAAGCGAAUCGAGAAGCUGCGAUAGAAAUGCGAGAACAAGGCACGGGUGGAAGUGGUGGGAAGAGAGGCCGGGACAAGGGCAAGCGUGGGCGAGGAUGGGAAAAUGAUGAUCAGGACAGGGAUGAUGAUGUGGUUCAAGCUGGGUUGCCGAAGAAGAAGAAAGGCAACAAGUUCAAGUCCGGCCCAGGGAAGGUGAAACGUUGACGUAUCGUCACAUCUUGUUAUAAAGGGGAGGCAUCGGUUUCUGUACGAGUAUCAUCAUUCACCGGGCCGAAUUGCGAUGCAUUAUUGGAGGAC